GGCUGCCGUGCGGUCAUGUGACACAUCUGUCAGGGGACAGCAUGGCGGACAUACAUGUGGAGCCUCAAAACAAAUUGCAUCGAUUGUCCAGUUAACCCCGCCGCGAAAACCAUCGAUACCGCGCGCAGAACCAGUGGUACCCGAAGAGACAGCAGGAUGGACGAGGAGAACAAACUUCAGUUCCCGUCUCUGCCCGCGACCAAGGAGGAGCUUUUGGACUGGGCUUAUCCAAUGAGACGGGACAUGCAGGAGAUUUUGCCAGGGCUCUUUUUAGGUCCUUACUCUGCUGCAAUGAAAAGCAAGCUGCCAAUUCUUGAGAGACAGGGCAUAACACAUAUAGUUUGUGUCCGCCAAGAUAUUGAAGCCAAUUUUAUCAAACCUAAUUUCCCUCAUUCAUUUAGAUACCUUGUGUUAGAUAUUGCUGACAAUCCAGUGGAAAAUAUAAUAAGAUUUUUCCCUUCAACUAAAGAAUUUAUUGAUAGCUGCUUAGCAACAGGAGGAAAGGUACUGGUUCAUGGUAAUGCAGGGAUAUCAAGAAGUGCCGCCUUAGUGAUUGCAUACCUAAUGGAAACAUUUGGGAUGAAAUACAGGGAUGCAUUCAGCCACGUUCAAGAGAGGAGGUUCUGCAUUAACCCCAAUGUGGGCUUUGUGCAUCAGCUACAGGAAUAUGAAGCGAUCUACUUAGCCAAAUUGACCAUAAAAAUGAUGUCACCCAUGCAGUUAGGCAGGUCCUUCUCCAUACAAGCUGGGAUGCCAGGGAGCCGUAAACGCAGCCUGGAGGAAGAUGAUGACUUUGGAGCAAUGCAGGUCACAGCAGCGCAGAACGGAUGAGCUUUGCGGAUACUUUGCCGUGUGGCAGCGCAGUGCACUCAAUACUUUAUUCUCUUUUUUUUUUUUUUACAUUUUUAAUGGGAUUAAAAAUGUACAUAUUUGAACUUUUUCUAAGGGGAAGGGACGAGGGAGGGAGCGGGACCACUCGUGUCUGAGACAUGCAGUGGUGAUGGGGAUUGGGAAUAUUUGAUAAUUUCUUUUCUCAAGCUGUAUGCACUGAUGGGAGAUUUUUUGCAGUUUUAUAGUAUUUAAAGCAUUUUUGCAUUUGCAGCGGGACAGUAUUGCAAUAAUGCACUUUCAAUACUUGAAUUUGUGUAGACGACCAGAAUGGGGCAGUCGACAAAGGAAAAGUAGCCAGGACGUCGCCCAGUGGAGGACAUGAGAGAAGACUAGCUAAUGCCUUUAACAUGGGAGUAAUAGGAAAAAAGACUAAUAUCAGACUCAAUGUGGGAUACUAAGGAAUGGAAAAUAACUCACUGCUUAUUAAAAAAGAAGUCUGACUCCG